AUGACUGGUCAAGGGCUUGUUCCAGAGCUUGGCGGGGAGCCAGAGUCAUUAGCGCGAGAGUCGGAGCGCACCUGCUGGAUAUGCUUUGCGACUGAGGCGGAAAACCGUCUGGCCACCUGGUUGCAUCCGUGCCAGUGCCGCGGCAGCACCAAGUGGGUGCAUGAGAGCUGUCUUUAUCGCUGGAUCGACGAGAAGCAGAACGGAAACUCGCGAACGAAGGUAUCCUGCAUGCAAUGCCGCGUGGAGUACAUCAUAAUCUUCCCCAAGGUCAGCCGUAUGGCGAUGAUCCUGGAGCGCUUUCAGGAUCUAGUCCGCCAGUGCAGCCCGUUUGUUGCUGCGAGCGCAUUCCUCGGUUCCGUCUAUUGGACAGCCGUCACAUAUGGCGGCAUCACGGUCAUACAAGUGUUCGGCCAGCAGCGCGGCAUGGAGCUGAUGGAAAAGGGUGAUCCCUUUUUCCUGCUGAUCGGGCUGCCGUUCAUACCAGUCGCUCUGAUCCUCACCCGUCUCAUCCGCUGGGAGGACGCAGUUCUACGCCUCUGGCACAAUCGUCACAGCAUAGUACGCAAAUUGCCGCUCGUUAACUGGUUGUUGAAUGCCCGAACGAAUCCGGCGACCCGUGUUGGGGAUCCGGCUCCGCCGCCAGUACCCGAUGAGCCCGUCGACUUUGCCCGCAUCUUUUGCGGCGCCAUCCUAUUGCCCAGCAUUGCGACAGUAAUGGGCAAUGUCAUAUACAGGAACAUGUCAGCGCCGCUGUAUCGCACGCUGCUCGGCGGCCUCACAUUCAUCGGAUUGAAGGGCAUUCUCAAGAUCUAUUUGCGACAGAAACAAUAUCUGAACAAGACACGCCGUCACAUCGUCGACUAUACUGAGGAGAAUGUGCGCACCUAUAUGCCAGCCGGGCAGUCCCGAUCUCAGGCAGAUAUGCGACAAUAUGCCGGUUCCGACGACAAUGAUUCUGAACCCGAUGAGGAGAAUGUGGAUGAUGAGGUUGUGAAUGAGGAUGCGACCACAACAUCGGAGCUAGAUGAUUCCGAUUCCGAUGAUGUUAGAGAUCAUGUUGUUAUAAGCGUGCCAGACCGUCCAUACACAUUGUUUCUUAGCUAA